AAGCCAUAAAAACCAAUUUCCUUGUAAAAUGUCUUUCUGAAAUCGGGAAUAAAAAUGCCAUCCACAAACAUUUCCGAAAGGUUUUUUUAAAGUUUAUGUUGCUAUUUUUCCAGUAUAUUGCAGAACCGCUAAUAUGUCGGAUAUUCCGGACAUCGAGGAAUUAUUACAAAACUUAAACAAGACCCUAACAUCUUUGGAUCAAUUUGGGAACAUAGACACCUUCAUAGAUAAAUUAGAUGCUAAAAAUCGGAAGCAACUAAAGAAAGUAAAAAAUGUAGUUUGGGACAUCAACAGCAAAGUUGGUAAUAUAAAGGACAAAGUUUCUAAAGCGUAUAAGAGAGUGAAAGUUAGAAUUGGCUCGGAGAGCAAUGAACCAACUACUAUUGAAGAUGGGAGCGAUAAAGAAGUUGACUCUUUGGUGUCUAAUGGCGGUUUGGAAGCUAGCAUUGAGGAAGCCGAUAGAUACAGUCCUGUUAUUAGGCGUAAAAGUAGAAGGGCAAAAAAAUCUUCAAAGGUAGCGGAUAAUGAGGAUGAAAGUAAGGACAAAGAAGAAGAUUCUGAUGACAGUGAAAUUCAGACUAAUGGUGAAAACUCAGAAGACGAACCUCUCGCGAAAAUUAACAAAGAAUCAGAACAACCAACUGAGAAUGAAAAAUCGAUAAGUGAUGAAUCAAUAGUUGAAUCAACACCAGACAAGUCCCAUAAUAAAAAGUUGUUAAUGACUUUGAGAAAAAGUCAGGAUAAAACUGUGCACGAAAUCAUUGAAAGCAGUAUGGGAACUGACUUGGACGACAAUGUAGAACGAGCUAUUGAGGAACCGAGUGGAGAACAUUCUAAGAUACAUGAACAUAAAAAUCAAACUUCAGCUGAUGAUAAUGAAGAGGAUUCAAGUAUUGAUACUGGAGAGAAACGAGAUAAGGAUGACUCCAACAUGAGUGACUCAGAGAAAAAAUUAGAUGAAGAUAAAGAAGAGGAAAAUUCGACCAUCAGGGACUCGGGCAAAUCAAAGAUAAACGAAGACAGAGAAGAAGAAGAAUCAGACAGUGAUUCCGAGAAAAAUAAAGAUGAAGUGGAACAAAAUAAGCAAGAAGAAGAACCAGACCUUGAUAUGGGCAAGUCAAAGGCAAAUAAAAAAAAGAAGAACAAGGAUAAAAAAUCAGACGAUUCGAACAAUAGUAUCAAAAAAACAAAGAAUAACACAGACGAAGAACCAGAAAAAGUACACACUGAUAUUGAAGAACCUGAAAAAAAUUUAGUAGAAAGUGGAAAGAGUAACAAAGAGAUACAAAAUUUUUCAAUGCCAAAAAUUAAAUUAAUAGACAUAAGCAAAUUGUUAGAUCCUAAUGCAAAACCAUUGGUAAUGACUCCCACCCCUUCUAAGCACCAGAAAUCUGUAACAUUUGACAGUUCUGUCAUUAUUUUGUCGAGCUCCGACGAGGAUACCCCAAAAAAGAGUCCCAUUGGAAAAGAAAAUGAUGUUACACCAUUAAAAAGUGCUCUAAGAAAAACAACCUCAAAGUCGAAGAUUAUUGAAUUGAGCGAUUCAGAUUCAAAGGAAAACGAUGUUAAGAAAAAGAGGAAGAAAUUAUACUCAGACGAAUCCGAAAACGAAGACAGUAGAAGGAGUAGGAGACUUCAAGGGCGCAAUCGGGAUGUGAAAAGCAAAUUUACUAAAUUAAGGAAAGCACGAGAAGAGAAAUUGAAAGAAUCUGCAAAAGAUGCAAGAAGAAGUAAGAGAAAUCUAGGGAGAAAGAAGAAAGAGCUGCUCGAAGAAAGCAGCUUAUCGGAAGAUGAUGAUGAUGAUUCUGAUGUCGAACUCGUAGAGAAAUCUUCUAAAAAGCGCACCUGGUCUUCAAGGUCUAAGAAAGCAGAAAUAAAAGAAGCCAAUAUUAAUGAUCCGAAAUUCAAAUUACCAGUUUUUAUUCGUUUGCCAAAAUUUCCCACCGAAGAUCUUCAAGAACUUUACAAAAAUAAGAAAGAAAUAUUGGAAAUCAAAAAGUUGUGUAAAAUAAACUUAUCGACUAAUCGUAAACAGAAGGAAAUCGAGGAAGAAGAAACUUCAACCGAUGAUGCGCAAGAAAAAAGAAUCAAAUUAACAUUGAAAAUUGGCAAGAAGAAUUUGGAAAAAGAAAAAAACAAUAGUGACGAUGAACAGUCUAGUACGGAGGAUAAUGAUAAUGUUGAAAAGGAUGACGACGUGGAUAUGCUGGAUUUAGUGAGGGAUAGUGAAUCUCAAAACGCUAGGGAAAUAUCUCAAAAUGCUGCAGAAAUGGAUGGUUUGGCAACCUGUUUGGAUCAAAUUAAAGACUCUGAUGAGGAGAUGAGUACGAGCAAGGAAGCAGCGGAAAGUGAUGAAGAGACUUCUGAGAAGGAUAAGAAUAAUGAUAAAUCAUCUGAUAAGGAGCAAGCGAAGGAAAAAGAUGAAGAAACUAAAGUAAAUGGAAUGCUCUCGGGUAGUGAUGAAGAAUCAGAUAAAGACAAAGAGGCAAAUGAAAAGAUUGAGAAGAGCAAAAAUGAUGAGGAUAGCCCAGAAGAAGAAGAAUCUAGGAAAAAGAAGAAAACCAAAAAAAAGAUGAAGAGUAAAAUUGACAGCAGUAGCAGUGAAGAAGAAGAAAUGGAUCGAAAAAAGAAGAGCAAUAAAAAGGACAAUGAGAAAAAUGACACUGACGAAGAUGCUCAUAGUUCCGAUGAUAGCGACAAAGGCAAAAAUAAAGUGACAAUCGAAAGUAGCAGUGAUGAAGAUGCACCUCAGUUAAAGGCAGGAUCGAAAAGUGAUUCAAAAAAACGCUCAAAGAAAAAGGUGAUAUCUGAUUCUGAUUCAUCAGACUGUGACAGGAAUGCCGAUAGUAAUUUAAACUCAACUAAAUCAAAUAACUCAAGUUCAUCUUCUAGUAGCAACUCGGAUAAUGAAAAAUCGGAGGAGGAAACUCAAAGUAAAUCAAGAAAACGCAUAAAGAAGUUGAAAGACAGCAGCAGCAGCGAUGAAGAAGAUAAAUCAACAAGGAAAGCCUUGAGAAAAAUGAUUGACAAAGAUUCCUUGUCAGAGACCACCCUAAAAGCCGAAGCUGAGGAAAAAGCACGUAAAGCCCGAAUUCUUGAAAAACAGAACAAGUACAACAAGAUCUUUGAACUUAAAGCUGACGCCGUAGUAGACAAAGUUGUGCUAGAUUUUGAUGAAAAAACAAACAAACCCUUGCUCAGUGUUCAUAAGAAGCUAGUGAAGCAUCUUAAACCCCAUCAAGUACUUGGUAUUAAGUUUAUGUGGGACGCUUGUUUUGAAUCGUUAGACAGAGCUUCCAAAACAGCAGGUUCUGGGUGUAUUUUGGCUCAUUGUAUGGGACUUGGAAAAACUUUGCAGGUAAUUGCUCUUGCCCACACCCUGCUAAUGAACCAAGAAAAAACCAAAGUAGAACGUAUAAUGGUAGUUUGUCCAGUGAACACAGUCAUUAAUUGGAAAAACGAAUUCAGAAAGUGGAUGCCCAAAACGGACGAUUUCGAUAUUUACGAAUUGGUCUCGUGCAAAACCAGUUCAGUAAACCAAGAACGAAAUUACAUUAUUAAAUGUUGGCACGAUGAUGGCGGAGUACUGAUCAUCGGCUACAACAUGUUUAGGACUCUCAGUAAUCCAGAUAAUAAAACUUUAUCGAAAAAGCUAAGGCAAUCGUUGCAGACUGGAUUAGUGGAUCCUGGUCCAGAUUUAGUAAUUUGUGACGAAGGACAUUUAUUGAAGAAUGAGAAAACAAAUCUUAGCAUUGCAAUGAACAGGAUAAAAACGGCCAGGAGAAUAGUACUGACUGGUACUCCUUUACAAAAUAACUUGCGAGAGUACUGGUGCAUGGUACAGUUUAUCAAACCCAACUUGUUGGGAACUUAUAAGGAAUAUUUGAACAGAUUUGUAAAUCCCAUUACAAACGGACAAUACACAGACUCAACCCAACACGAUAUAAUGGUGAUGAGGCGUAGAUCUCACGUGCUACACAAACUUUUAGAUGGAGUGGUUCAACGGCAAGAUUACGAAGUUUUGGCGCCCUAUUUGCCACCUAAAUACGAAUACAUAAUUUUUUUGAAAUUAACCGAUGUACAGAUUAAAUUGUAUAAACACUAUAUAGAAAAUUUGGCCAGGCAAAAUGAUGGAUCCAAUAAGACUUCGUUUUUGUUUGCUGAUUUUCAACAAUUACAAAGGAUUUGUACUCAUCCUAGAGUAUUAUUAGAUAAAAGUAACGAGGACAGAGAUAAGAAGGAGAAAAACGGUGAUGAAUCAGAAGAAUCGGAAGGUUCUAUUGCAGAUUUCAUUGAUGACGAUUCUGAAUCGGCUGAAAGUACCCCAGAUGAGAGUUCAAAUUCAGAUAGUGAUGGUUCCAAUGCUUCAGCCAACUCGCAUAAGAAGAAAAAGAAGGAGAAAAAGAGUGGAAAACGUGCAGGCCAAAAGACUCGUUUUACACGAGCUCAAGCAGCCCAAAAACGCGACGCCGGUGAAGUUGUUUCAAUAUCAGAUACUGAACUAGAUGAUCGCAUUUUUCGCCGCAAAGAAUGGUGGGAAGAGUACAUCCCUAUAGACGAAUUGGACAAUAUCAACCAUAGCUCCAAAAUGUUUCUACUGUUUCAACUUUUGAAGGAAUGCGAAGAAAUUGGAGACAAAAUUUUGGUAUUCUCGCAGUCCCUCUACACACUAAACUCUAUAGAAUAUUUCCUGGCCAAAAUAGACGAGGCCACGCAAAAUGGGGAACCUGAAAAAGUUGGAGGACAUUCGGGCAGUUGGGCCAUCGGAUUGGACUAUUUCCGAUUAGAUGGAUCGUCGAGCUGCGAGAAUAGGGCUGGUUGGUGUGAUGAAUUUAAUAAUCCGAACAAUACAAGAGCAAGACUCUUUCUUAUAUCAACAAAAGCUGGUGGUUUGGGAAUAAACUUAGUCGCAGCAAAUAGAGUAAUAAUCUUCGACGUCUCAUGGAAUCCCUCGCACGACAUCCAGAGCAUAUAUAGAGUAUACAGAUUUGGUCAAACAAAACCAUCCUACAUUUACCGAUUUGUUACUCACGGAGCGAUGGAAAUGAAAAUAUACGAAAGACAAGUUACCAAACAAGCUAUAUCGAAGCGUGUCAUCGACGAACAACAAAUCGACAGACAUUACAGUCAAAACGAUAUACAAGAAUUGUACAAGACUGAUCUGGAACCUGAGGAGGAGAGGCCCAUUCCGAGAGUACCAAAAGACGUUUUGCUGGGCGAAAUGUUACAGAAAUAUGAUAAGACGAUUUAUAAAUAUCACGAGCAUCAAACUUUGUUGGAAAAUAAACAAGAUGAAGAAUUGAAUGAGGAAGAACGGAAAGCAGCUUGGGAUGAAUUCGAAAACGAGAAAGUUAUUAGAAAAACUGCAGUAACUAUUGGAAGUACAAAUUUGGGAGCUAUCAAUACUAAUGCCUUCAACAUUCAUCCGAAUCUCCUGCAAGCAGCUUUAAGGAAUAUUAUAAGAAAGGAGAAUCCUACUUGGUCAGAGAUUCAGAUUACAGGAGUUUUACCAGCUCUUGUAACGCAGUUACAGUUGCAAAUGAGUGAACAGGACUACAGGUUGUUCACUCGAGUGAACCAAGAAGUCCAAAUGAUGCAAACGUUACAGUAUCAGCAAGCAUAUUUCAAACAACUACAAAUGCAACAGCAACAGCACCAGCAACUGCAGCAGCAGCAGCAGCAGCAGCAGAAGCUGCUGAAGCAGCCGAAGCAGCAGAAGCGAACGCCUGUCAAUCCGUACUUGAUUACACCCGAAGAACUGCAACUCUUAAAAAUGGGACAGGACGUGACUCAACAUUUUAGUGGCGUGCCAGAACAAGCGCGCGCCGGUGGUAGUGGAGUGAAACCUGUUGCCAGUAAGAGUAACAGAGCUUUUGCGCCUGCUGCUUCUGGUUCUAGUAGCACAGCGGCGACGUCUGCGGCCGAUAAAAGUAACGACAUUAUUGAGUUGAAUGAUUGAAAUGCCAAGCAAGUCAGAUUACAUAGUACAUUAAUAAAAUAGUAUCGACAAAGCGAAACGUCUACGAAAUGUAGAAAGAGAAGGCCAUAGGAAUAGUUCAAGUUGACAAACUUUCAACAAAAUUUUGCCUUGUGUAGUUAGCUUUCUUUCAAAGGGAUAACUUUGGAUAUCCACGCUUUUAUCAUUCAGUAUUUUUUGUUUCAUUUAGUUUAGAAUAAAACUGCUGCUGCAAAUAAUUUCAAAAAAAGUUAUAGCAGAUAUACUAAACAAAAAGACUAAUCAGAGCCAAAAUGCCCAUUUCCAAGAUGGCUGUUGCAGGCAGAGAUUUUGUUGGAACUGAUCAACUUAUCGCUUUUAACCUCUUUACGCAUUCUCAAAAAAAACUGGCUUUUCUAUCUAUCUUGCCAUGUCAGAUACUACUUUACUGUACUAGAUGUGACAGCAAUUUCAAUUAGUUGCAAUUUGUUUGUGUUUUUUUUUCUUCUGCCAAUGUGAUCGCUAUAAAUUUUUAAAUGUAUAGUAUUUUCAGUGAUAAAAAAAAAAUGUUACUAAAUAAAAUAAACUAUAACGGUACAAUGAUAUUUACUCACAAACUAAAAUUUGAUUUGGGUUUGCUAAAAAUUAUCAUAAUUUUCAGGGAUCUGUGAGCUUUAGAAGUUUCGUUUUUUUCCCUAAUUGAUAUGUUGGCAACUAGAAUUUUUUUUUUUGUUUAAAAUUUUCAGGCAAAUUGUUAUUAGAAUUUUUGAUUUUUUUGCUCUGAAUAAUAGGUAACAAAAAAAAACUGUUAGUUUUUUUUUUCUAUUACUGAGAAUACUAGUAGAGUUCAGUAAAUCCUCCUCGAGUAAAAAGAUGACAACCACAUGUGACCAGUUUUGUAACUUCAAAUAUAUAUCACAUGUGCUUCUGUCACCAAAGUCAUUUUUUAGUUCCCGGAGAUUUAACCCAACUCGCCUACUUUAUGCUCAUAUUCUCUUGUUAUAAAUAACACAGUGGCAGGUAAAUAUUAUUUAUUUUUCAAAUCCCAUCAAAUACAUUUUGAUGGAUGGUUGCCUUGAUAUUUAUGUAUUUGAAACUUUAGUUUGUUUCUUAAGACAAAGUAGUGGAAAUAUUAGUUCUGUCUUGAAACGUUAAAAUCAUGCAAAAUCUUGAACGAAGCUUUUGUCAGAGAUUAUAUGAAAAAUGCGUAAAGUUAACUGAAGAUGUUAUGAUCUGAACUAAACCAACAUUAAAAUAUUACAAUGUGUUUUCUUUUAAUUUGGUUCUCUGCUAAUUUUGAUAUAUAUUAUACUCCCAUGCAUACUGGAGAUGUCGUUUACAAGACCCUAACAGGAAAGUCAUAGAAAUCUACUAAAGUUGCAACAACAAAAAAAAGUUUGUCAUGUGAACGAAUCACUUUUUUUUUAAAUUUGACAAAUUUAUCAGCUAGGUAGAAAUAUGGCUUUCAUUAAUUUUUUUUUCAAGUUACAAGCUGUCUUAUUGUAUUUCAAGGGACGAGCAACAUUUAAGAAUUUAUCCGCAAAACUAAAUAUAUGUAAUACGUAGUAUGAUAAUUUUAAAUUAUUUAUGUCACAAAGCUGCAUUGAUUUUUUCGUGGUUCAUUUUAAGACGAUUUGAUGAAAUUGUAAGCUUUACAUCAUUUUCCUACAAAUUCUUAGUUUAAUUUUGUGAAUAGAUUAGUUAUUUUUUAUGUUUGUAUGUUACGUUAUUUAAGCGUCAUAAUUAUUAGGCAUAAAUUGAUUGAUUUUUUUUUCUGUGAUUCUAUAUUUUGUAUUUGAGUACAAUGGAAAAAAAUUAUUUCAAUGUUGUUGUAAAUAAAUUUGUACUACUCAAAAAUU